AUGUCAUCGCCAAGUACAGAUGCAAGUUUCAAUGCAUUGCUAAAUAAUAUAUCGUUUCAACUAAAUCGCUAUCUUGGAUUUGCUAUCUUUCUAUUUGGAAUUAUUGGAAAUAUUCUGAAUGUUCUUGUUCUUUCACAACGUCCACUUCGUUCAAAUCCUUGUUUAUUUUUGUUCCUUACUUCAUCAAUCUCUUGUCUUAUAGGAUUAUGUUCUGGCAUUAUUCCUCGUAUUUUAUCAACUUGGAAUGUUGAUAUGACAAAUACAAAUCAAUCUCUUUCCACUGUUGAUCGAUGGCUUUCUUCUUGUUUCAAUGUGACUUAUCGAAAUCGAAGUACAUUGAAAAAUGCACAACGUGGUAUUAUUUUUAUUGUGUUUAUUUCAAGUGUUAUGGAAAUUCAACAACUAUUUUGUUAUGAAGCUAAUCUUACAUAUACACCAUUGAAGUGUUAUUCAAAAACGGUAACAUGUGCAAUUCUAUCUGAUUUAUCAUUUGCUUUUAUUAGUGUUUUAAUACCAUUAUCAUUGAUGUUUAUUUUUGGUCAAAUGAUUAUAUCAAAUGUACGUCGAACACAAACAGUUGUACGUCCAGCGACCAAUAUAAAUAUGACAAAUACUAAUACGUUUGUCAAAUCAAUAUCUAUGAAUCAUACACGUUUCAAAAAAGAAAAAAAAUCUGAUCGACGAUUAUUGUUUAUGCUUCUCGUUCAAGUUCUUAUUAAUUUUUCAUGUAUGAUUCCAUUUGCUUUAUCGAAAUUGUAUUCAACAUUUACAAGAAACAUAUUGAAAUCAGCAUUCCAAAUUACAAUUGAAAAUUUUAUUUUUAAUUUAUUACUUCUUUUUUCGUUUAUUCCUUCUGGAUUAUCAUUUUAUCUUUAUACAUUAACUGGAGGACAGGUAUUUCGAAAAGCAUUAAUCAAUGUUUUUCGUAAAUAA